CGCAUGGCCCGCGCGGAGCCGCCGCCGGCCGCCUUCGAGCGGCGGGUGCUGCGCAGCGCCGCCGAGCACCACUACCUGCGCGUCCGCCUGGAGCUGCCCGACGGCGCGGCCCGGCCCAGCGCCGCGCUCUUCAAGCAGCUCGUGGUGACGGCGCUGCGGGAGCUGCACGGCGAGGUUGGAGCAGCUUUGCCUGUUGAUGUCUUAACGUAUGAGGAAAAGACUAUGUCUGCAAUAUUAAGGGUUAUUAGCAGUGGCUUUGUCAAGCUGUGGAGCGCCCUCACGCUGCUGGGCUUCUACCAGAACAGAAGAUGUGCCUUUCGAGUGCUGCAGACAUCUCCAUUUCUUCUUGCAUUAUCUGGGAACAGUAGAGAACUAGUGUUGGACUGAUUAUGCCGUUGCUGGUUUGGCUUUAAGAAGCAGAACUUGUUUGAGAUGUUGCAGCUCUUCAGGUGUGGAAUUUCUGGAGGGAAUUUCCAGCAAAGAGCCUUGACAAAGCGCAUCAUUAUCACCUCACUCCUUGGAUGUCCUUUACUUCGACACUUACAUAUAAAAGUUGGAGACAAAGCUGAACUUACCAAAGCUUUUACACAGAAUGAUGUUGUUACUUUUUCUGAUUUAACAGGUGACACAAAUCCUUUACAUUUAAAUGAAGAUUUUGCAAAGAAGUCUAGAUUUGGGAGAACUAUUGUACAUGGAGUUCUGAUCAAUGGACUUAUUUCUGCAGUUCUGGGUACUAAAAUGCCAGGUCACGGUUGUAUAUUUCUUUCUCAGGAGAUCAGAUUUCCAUCUCCUUUAUAUGUUGGUGAAGAAGUCUUAGCUGCAGCAGAAGUUAAACGACUGAAGAAAUCUGUUGCACACAUUGCUGUAUCGUGUACGGUCAGAGCAAGUGGAAAGACUG